AUGAAAAGCCAUUCCGAAUUCGUUUCAGAUGCCGAGUUGCUUAAUGACGAAGAUGUCUUAAGUCUUAUUAAACCCGUCCGUACAACUAAAGCCCGAACUUGUGCCAACUGUACUUGUGGCAAAAAGGAGUCAAAUCCAGUUGAAACUCCCAAACCAGGAGAACCACUUAAUAUAAAUUCUGAAUGUGGCCGGUGUUAUCUUGGAGAUGCCUUCCGUUGUGCAUCCUGUCCCCAUGCUGGCCUGCCGCCCUUUAAACCCAAUGAACCCGUCUUUUUCAAUCUAGACGACUAA